GUAAAUUAAAAAAUUAGUCGGAUUGGUAGUUAGGUUUGGCCUAACCUAAAAAACAUUGCAUCCAAACAUAAAAGGUUUAACUUAGUUAAUCCAGCAAUGGCCUAGAACUUUACUGUCUAAACAUCAAAUUAAGAUAAUAGGCUACUAUAAAAACAAAUGUUAAGAACAUGAUCAAGAAACGGUUAACUUGGUAAUGAAUGGGCCAUAUCUAGGCCUACUAAAACGCACAUGCAAUUUAUUACUUUAUACUGUAACACAGUAGGCUAGACUACAUUGUAAUCCAAAACUGAAUCUUGGCUAAGUUAGGCCUGAACCAACUUCUAUUUAUUGAGAAGAUUAAAGGUUACCGACUGACUGAUAAAAACACUCUAAAAAGAUUUCUGAUGACUCCUUUGGCAAACCCUGUUACACCAGCUCAAGUGCGAUACCAAAGGUCCAUCAAAAGUAGCAGAAGCAUUGUGGAGAGGACUUUUGGAGUCUGGAAAAACCGAUUUAGGUGUAUCCACACAGAAAACACUUUGAGGUUUUCACCACAGCGCUGCUGCACCAUCAUUGUAGCCUGUGCAGUGCUCCACAACUUUGGAAUUAAGAAAGAGCAGUGGCAAGUCGACAAUGAGAUUGCAGAAGAGGCAGGUGGUGAGGAAGGGGAAGUAGCUGCCAGAGAAGAUGGGGUUGCUUCUCGUGCAGAUCUCAUCCAGCGACAUUUCUCGUAAAGUGUGCGAGGCAGGAGACAAAGAGUCGAAAACCAUUCUAUGUUAUAAAUAGAGUUGUAAAUAGUUUGUAAAUAGAUUUGUACAUAGUUUAGGGUUGUUUCUUGUGCAUACCUCAUCCAGAGACAUUUUUCUCAUAAAAGUUGUAAUAUUUCAUUUCAUACAUUCAUCAUUUAGUAUUAAGUUUCUUAAAAUAUGUUAAUUUUGUUUAUACACCACUUUAUAAUUUCCUUAUCUUAAAUCACUCAUCAGAAAGUCAUCCAGAUCCAGAUAAUGAUAGGGCUAGCCUUGCUUUAAUUUAACUUAUUUAUACAAUUCCAUUAAUCUAUGCUCAAUUAAUCAUGAAUAAUAUCCAUUCCAUAGCCUUUUUUUCAUGUAUAAACUUAUGUUUGAACUCAGUUAUUAUUCAUUACUAACUUAACAAAUUUAGUGCACAUUUGAACUUACCUUUUGGCGAACCUCAAAAUUUGAUUUUCAUAGUUGGAAUGUUGUAAGUUAAACAAUUAAAUGAUUUGCACAUUAUUAAAUCCUCCCCCCUACGCUGAGAUAGAGCCCAUUUAAAUUAGACUAUUGUAAAUUUGAACCUAUUAGGCAUAAAUUUCAAACUAAUCUUCUACUUUAUUGUAAGCCCACAUUUCAUUGUAAGUCCUUUAUUUGUAGCCUUUUAAAUUUUGUUACCUGUCUGUUAGUUUUGUUUCAAUAAAAUACCUUAUG